UUCAUAAAACAAUUUUCCCUCAAACGUUGGGAAUUCCAGAAGCGUCAAUCACAUUUUGGGAUCAAGAAAACUGGUGGAAACAGGUCUGGUAUGAGAAUACACUGGCUCAAUGUCUCCAUCCGAGUGUGUGAGUGUGAGUGAUAAUGAACAAGGCGGCAGUGUAUUGCCACAGAGUUAUUUCAUUGUCCAAUGCAGACUGAGCCCUUGCUCUAAUCUGGGUUAUCUGGCUGUAAUCAGCUUAGCCCACUGCUACUCUCACUGCUGCUCCUGCUGCUGGGUGGGCACUUUCUGUAGCUUUAGUCUGGUUUUGUCUUCACUGCCACUCAUACAUACACCUGUCUCCGGAGCAGAACAAACUAGCAGGGAAGUUCACUUUGCAUGUUGAAGAGUUUGGAGUAGCACAACAUUCAGAGUCUUUGUCCAAAGACUCCUGUCCAAACUGUGGCCAUGGCUGAACGUCAAGAGAUGGGUUCGUCUGAGGGGACUCCUGCUGCAGACAUGUAUCCCAGAAAGAUACUGGAGUACAUGGAAGGAUUCCUCAUCUCCAAGGCUGUUUUCUCCUCCUGCGAGCUGGGUGUGUUUGAUGUGUUGCUGGGUGCAGAGCGUCCCCUGUCUGCAGAGGAGAUCAGUCAGGCGGUUGGAGCCAGUCUGGACGGCACACAGAGACUGCUGGCUGCCUGCACCGGCCUGCAGCUCCUCAACACACACCAGGACAAUGGACUAGUGUAUUACAGUAACACAGAGCAGGCCAGCGUCUACCUGACCCGCUCCAGUCCUUUAUCCCUCUACCAGUCCAUCCAGUACAGCUCCAGAACCAUCUACCUCUGCUGGCACUACCUGACCGACGCUGUCAAAGAAGGAAGAAACCAGUAUGAAAAGGCUUUUGGAGUCAGCUCGAAAGACCUGUUUCAAGCUCUCUACAGGUCUGAUGAAGAGAUGGUAAAGUUUAUGCAGUUAAUGAACUCCAUUUGGAACAUCUGUGGUAAAGACGUGGUCACAGCCUUCGACCUUUCGCCUUUCAAGGUCAUCUGCGAUCUUGGAGGCUGCAGUGGAGCAUUAGCCAAGCAGUGCACGUCAGCCUACCCAGAAUGCACUGUGACGAUCUUUGACCUCACCAAGGUGGUGCGUAUGUCGAGGGAACACUUUGUUGCAGAGGCCGACCAGAGGAUAAGCUUUCACGAAGGGGACUUCUUCAAAGACCCUCUGCCAGAGGCUGACCUCUACAUCCUCGCCAGAAUCCUCCACGACUGGACCGACGAACGCAGCGUAGAGCUACUCAGUAGAGUCUACAAAGCCUGCAGACCAGGAGGCGCUGUGUUGCUUGUGGAGGCGUUGCUCCACGAGGACGGCUCUGGCCCGCUGACAGUGCAACUCUACUCCCUGAACAUGCUGGUGCAGACCGAGGGCAGAGAGAGGACAGCUGCUCAGUACGCUGCCCUGCUGGCUGCCGCUGGCUUCACCAACAUCCAGCACCGGCUCACUGGGAAGAUCUAUGAUUCUGUACUGGGACACAGAGAGACAUGAGAUAAGGGUACUCCUGUACCAGGACUGAAAACUCACUCCACCUGAAAAAAAGUUCUGUAUCUACUUUAUCACUGAAUCUGUAUGAUCUAUGAAAUAUUCAAACCAAGGCCCAUUUUUAUGGCUGCUCAAUUCUGGAUACUCUAUAUUCUAAUAAAGUUCUUUGCUAUGAACAAUACUUGGCCUUAAAACAUCAGUGAAUGAGUGGAAUGGACCCCUGAGGUUAAUAGAAGAAGAGCUGCUCAGUUAGCAUGACGUUAGUCAUGGUAUCGUAACAGAAACAACAACUCAAAAUAACACUUCAGCCUACUCUUGUGGAUCCAGACUUUUAUUGUUGUCAUUAAGUGCCAGAAUGGCCGUUGCUGUUAUGUAGCACCUAAUGGGAACUCGCCUAUUGACUAGAUGUUAUUGUUAGACUGACUGCCUUCUACCAAAAAAUUAAAUAUGGCACCAACAGCUUGAUAUGAUGCAUACUGAUAUAAUACAUUACAGCAAAAAAGACUGAUAAUGUUUAUUUAAAUCAGCAUUUUAAUCUCAUUUCCCUUUAAUCUCAUUUUUCUGGCCACCCAACAAAAAGUUCAAAAUGUUCUCAGCCCUGGCUUAAUGUGCCAACUGAGAAAGUGUGGAUCUCUGAGUCAGGACUUGUGCAUGUACAACUUUAAAACACAUAUUUAGUAGUCAAAUACAAACAGCCCUCCAUUCAAAGCCAGACUGAGCAAAAAGGUUAUCAUUCUCUGGUUAUUGUGCUUGCAACAAAUUUUCCUUAUGAAAGCUAGACUGUUAAAUUAACUUUGAAUGACAGAAAAUGCAGAGUCAAAUGACAAGCAGUGCUAAUUAUUACCACCUCUGCUUGCUAACAAGAGACUCAAUUUGUAAUUUUUUUCUGUUACAGCACCUAAUAAUUGGUAAAACAAAGUACUUAGGGACAAAUGGUGUUCACGGCAACAGUGUGAGAAGAGUUAGUAUAGCAGUAGAAGCAGUUAUGCUGUGUGGCUCAUGACCACCAGGGAGAGUCUGUGUGCUAAUACUAUUUCUACAGCAUGACCAGUAGGGGGCAGUGUAGUAGACACAAUUAUAUCAAAUAUAAAUCAGAAUCUUGAAGAGUAACUCAACACUACACCCACUUUUUUGAGUUAGUAAAUUACAUGUACACUCACUUUACUGCACUAUCUAUUGAUCCUGGGCCCAUUUUAUACUGUUCAUUGCAGAAGUUAUUUUAAUUCUGUCCUCUAGACCCCCCAAAAAUAUGUGAAAAAAUCUAUGAUGUAGCUACCCCGAGACAUUCUGCCCCCAAACUAUGAGGGGAUGUCACGGUCACCCCACCCCCUGACAUAUAAAUACGGCAAUCAACUGUCGGCAGUGUGGACAGCAUGGAGUAUGAAAGCAUGCAGAGAGCAUGCAACUGAGAGUAGCAGUAGUAGAAAUACUAGGGUAGUAGUAAUACUACCUCUACUGCUUGCAAGCUAGUAUUUGUGUUGAUCAGUGUUUAGUACUUGUGGCAGAUUUACAAAUUCACUACCAUGUCCCUUAUUCUGUCGCUCUCCAGUUCAAAUGCUUUUUUUUUUUAAGUUUAAAGUUUAAGGUCAAACCAGGUGUUAAUUUGGUCUUUAAAUGAACACCCUGUGUGAACAUACUAACUUGUUGUUAACAAUAAAAUACCAAAAAGCACAUAUUUUAGCAAGAAUGCCUGUUCUGAAUCUAGACAAUCAGGUAAGAGACUAAGCCCAUUCCAGCCCGAUUCUGCUGUAAAUUAUUAGCCAUGCACUGCAAAGGUCAACCUCUAUUAGAUGGUGUGCAGUGUGAGCUUCCAGUCUCAUUGCUAAGAAGAUGAACUUCCUUACAUAUCUGUUCUCAUCACUCAGUCCUAAGCCCUGUGUCUGAACCCCCUCGCCUCUUACUGUUCUUAACAGCCUAGUAAAGCUGGCUUUGUACCAUGUUCUUUGUAAUGGUGGACGCGACUCAAUAAAUCUUCUUCACAAUG